ACGCUGAGUGUACAGUCAUUGACAUUAACAUUGCAUCCAGCUGCCUGCCCACUGGAGCGGAGGCGGGAUGCUCCCUCGGUGCUGUGCUCCGCACGUCGUGAGGGGGCUGUUCCCUUCGCACAUCCGAGCUCGCUCAUUCCGUCCGGAGCAGCGGCAGGGAUGAGAGCUUGGCACCAAGGAGCCAACGCGACGACACGCUCCUCAGUGAUGGCCUUGGCUGUACAGCUGUGCCGGUUAUCCUGCCGCUGCACAUAGGGAAGAAGCAAAGACGCCUUGACAAACGACCUACCUUUCUCUCUCCCCCAAAAAAGUGAAAAACAUAGAGAGGGGGGAAAAGAGGAAACACACCAGCAUAAACAAAUGCGAACAUGUACAGCGUGGAGGAUCUCCUCAUUUCUCAUGGAUACAAGCUACCCAAGCAUACCACCGCCUCGGCAACCCCGACCCCAACUCCUGCAUCGACAUCCCGGCCGGCGUCUUCCUCUUCACCUCCAUCUUACAGCAAACACCAUGAGAGUUUGGGGAGCAGGCCAAACAGCAGAACACUGAACGGGUACGAACGAGGGUCGAGAGCAGCAUACGGAAAUAAAUGUGGAAGCAGGCACCCCCAGGUGUACGUGACUGGAACUAGCUGUCUCAAUAACAACGUUGAACCCAGCAACAGGAGCCAAUCCAGGCAGGAGGGGGAAAUCCAGAGUCAAAUUGAAACUCCUUCCUUCGGAGAGUCAUUGACCUCAGACAGCGGGUUCUGUGAUGCCAGCAGAGGUCAACAGAUCCAGUCCAAGGAUGUAUCCUUUUGGAGGAGGAGAGGCCAGGAUUUUACUGUUCUGCUGGACUAUGCUGACCAAAGAGAGUGCCAUGCAGGUGGACAUGGGGAAUAUAUCAGACCAGAGGGACCUCAACAAGCAAGAGGUCAAGAGUUGCCCUCAGAGGAGCGUCAGAGAGUAGCCCAGGAGCGGCAACGCUGGGCAGCUCAGGUACAGGCCCGUGCUAAAGAAAGGGAGGCAGCGCUCAAACAGUGGAAGAUGGCCACUGAGAGGAAGUGCCAGAGCCUGGGGACAAAUGAGUGGCAUCCAGCUGUCAGUUUUAGUCGCCAGAUGUCGCAGAGUGAUGGUGAACGUUGGGCACAGGAACAGCAGCGGCUGCACGCCAGGACACCAGAGGGAAUGGUAGUCCACCCCAGGACCAAAGCCAAAUCCCAGUCCAUGCCCAGGAUGCUGCGACCUGAGAGCCUGCAGUAUGUGGACACGGCCUCAUGUGGUCAGGACUUGUACAGAAGGGUUAACGGCCACCCACUGUCUCACCACGACUUUUACAGAGCACCCCGCUGGCCGGAGAAUGGGAGGCCAGCAAGUGCCAACCAAUUAUCAUUAACGCCAAAGCCCCGCUUCACUCGGCCCCCCAGACCUCCCUCCUAUGAAAUGCACCAGCAGAUUAGGGGAAGCUGUGAAGUAUUGUCUGGGAGAGAGUCGGUUAUUUCCCAUUCCAGGGACAGGACUCCUCUUCCCAUCAUACGAACAGGUGAUGCUCCAAUUGACUAUUUUGCACAGGAUUCUGGCCCUCCAGGCUACAUCCCACCCCCAUCAUACAAACGAUCCCCUGUGAUUAUAGGAGGGCGCCGGGGAUAUGGUGAGAUUGCAGUUGAUUACAGGUACAGAGGUGAUAUGUACCAGCAGAUUCACGUGGCUCCUGAUGGAUCACAUUGGAUUACUCGACAUCCAGCAGGUCCUUGGUCUGAGUCGUCAAGAGAGAAGUGCAUUGCAGGCCAGAAGCACCUCCAUCCUGUGUGUACUUCACAAGGGCAUCCAGGUGGAGGGGUCCAGUAUAUCUCCUUUGACGAUCCCCGCAUACGGCACAUUUCCUCAGCUCUCGGUGGCAAUUCCCUCACAGACGCUGACAAAAUACGUCACAUCCGCAACGAGCUACCCAGCACCACCGUGUCGGAACCAGCAUCCGGCAACAGUGCCUUUUCGCCCCCAUCAGCGGGGCCUUUUAUCGCUGCCAAACUGGCUAGUGAUGAUAAUCAGACAUCUUCAUGUGACUUUGACAAUGACAAUAAAAGGUGGCACAGCAAUUUGCACAAAGCGACUGUCGAUAACUUCUCAGCAACUGACCAAAAUUGCAAUACGUAUUCCAAAAACCAACGUCCUCCUCCAUCCCCGUCUUCAGCCUUUCAGGCCCCAGUAAGAAGGGCAGCGUCUCGCCAGGGGUCCAGUUUAGAUCAGGUCUUUGCAGAAACCAUCACGCAAGUGAAAAAAAUUGUCCCAGAAUCAGGGAUGGACAGUAACAGAAAUUCAAAGAGAAGAGUGAGUGAGACCAUCUUCUGCCUUGUGUCUGUCCCCCUUCACACACCAACUAACCUUAACAAAGAUUUAUCAGCAGAUCAAAACAACAAUGACACAGCACGAAGUCUGACUGUGACCAAUACAGAAACCUUCGCUGUAGGCCUAAAAGAAACCCAUACCUUGCGAAGCAAGUCGGUGAAUGAGAUGCCCAUCAGAGUCCACUAUUCACAUUUUCAUACCACCAGCACUUCCUCGCUGAGGAAUUACAAGAGGGCUCCUUUAAGAAAGGAGAUCAUCGAUGCUUGGGCACUUCAAGCCAACGAGGAAAAGCAGAUGUGUUAUUCCGGGUCUUGGCCUGGAAAUCAAUACCGGAACCAGGAAACCCAGACUGGCUCACCCUUGACAGUGACAAAAAGUCCAGAACCCCAAAGCCCACCUGGAGGACAAGAGCCCGUCCACUCCGCCUCAGACACAACAACUGAUAGUGGUGUAGGAACAGAUAACGGUUCCUCUUACGGCUAUCCCAUGGCUGGCCAGAAAAACCUCAAUCCCUCCAGCAACAGCGCCUUCUCCCGACUUAGCAACAGCCCACCACAGCAAUCAUCGCAACCUUCUGUGCAACACCUAUCCUCCCCUACCAAACAACACAAUUCAGGAGACACAAACUCAUCCUCUCCAAAAAGGAGCAACUCCAGUCCUCAAGAGUGCGCCGAACAAGUGGCCUUUGGUCAGUUUCUCUUGAAGCCAGUCAACCGACGACCAUUUGAUGCUAUUGGUGAGCUGGAGACCAUCAAUAAAGAGAUGGAAGACACAAUCAGCAAGAGGCGUCAUGUCGGUCGCUCAGUUGAUGAUUUAGAUGGUAUGAAUAAAAGAAACAGCCACUAUAAAUCAGAAACCCGUUUCACAACUGGCCUUGAAUCAGGCAGAGAAGCUAUGAGUCUUCGACCUGUGAUCAAAAUAAGGUCAAAAUCGUUUCCCUCUGCCAAUGAUUUGGAAUCCAUGGACACACAACAGGCUUUCUCCAAACCACAGACCAACAUAGCAUUGACAGAUAAAGUAGGUGUGAUCCAUCGCACAGGCGUGAGACAAGCUGUGUCCUCACUACCCAAAAACAGUAAUUCAAACCGGCUUUAUAGGCAGGAUAUUCCUGUCCCUCAGGAGUCAUUGCUAAGAGAUGUCGGACUAACGGUUUACACAGAGAAUCCUAGUGGUCACGGUGACACAACAGAGCACUCGUCCCAACUUGAUCACAUGGCCCUGCCGGUGCAUUUUCCAAGUGAGAGUGACAAAGUGCAUGUAAAAAAUGGUGACAUUCCAGAGGGCAGUUCUGAGCUCGAGCAUCAACAUAAAGUGUACACUGAGGCAAAGGCUCAGUUAGCCAAAAUACCACAAAGCAAGAGUGAGAUGAAUUUGAGCAUGAAUAAAACCAGGAACAAAAAUUGUAAAUUGCCCAAGAGUAAAAGUUCCCCAUCCGGCAUCCAUCUGAUUAAGGAGGUUUCCUUUGUGUUCAAUGAUGAUGGUAACGACAGAUACUGGGACUCUGAGACUUUAAAACACAACACAAACGGGACAACGAUAGCAGACAUGCACCUUGAGACUUUGCUGAGUCAAGAGAAAGUGAAUGCAUUACCUGCGGAGGACCUGUCUAGUCUUUACGAAGUUAAAUGUGCAAAGGGAAUACCUGAAAACGAGUCAAUCGAGGAGAGAGCUGCCAGAAUUUUAGGUAUACCUGUUCCAAUGGAGACUUUAGGAGUGUCAGAAAAUAGCACGGACUCCCCUGUAGGGGAAAAAACAGGUAUUGUAAGUGAGGAAAAUCAGAAUGCGUUUGAGGAGGCCAAGCAAGUCAAAGAGGAAUCCCUGAUUUUGCCAGAAACAGAGAUGGAAACGGUCAAGGUGUCAAAAUCAGGGGACGAUGUUGAUGAAAAUUGCAGUCAAAGGCACAGCAACAACUACAUGGAUGUUGAUCACAAGAAUGAUACUGUCAAUCAAUCAGCAAUGAUGCUGGUCUUGCCUAAAUGCCCACCAUGUAAUCUUCCCGUAUCCCAACCAAUGACCCCUGAUGAGAUGCUUCAACCAAGUAAAGGAGAAAAGAAAGGCACCACAUCACAACCUUCAAAUAAAUUCAUUGAAGCCGUGCAAGAUAAGCUAAAUUCUUCUGCUUCCGUAUCUGUAACAUCUUUUGGCAGGUCAACCACAGACAGAAUAGCCCGAUUCAAAGAACUGGACUCGGUUUCUCGAAUCAGGCGCCUCAGCCUGAAAGGAUCUGAUUCCAAUCGAGGCUCUAAUUCUGAAGAAAGAGACGGAAGUAGACAGGAAUACUUUUUCAAAGAAAAGCCAAAGGUAGAGUUUGAGGAGAAACAAAAGGAUGAAAAAUGUGAGAAUGAACUGAAUGGAAGGAACAAAGAGGAGGAUGUGGAUUCUCCUGUUGAGCAUGAAAACGCAUGUGAAACGCAGGACGAGGUAACAGAACUCAAAGAGAAUUGUCGAGCAGGUGAAGACAAUGAACAUAUAUGCAAAGAUGGAAAAUCCAGGGAGGUAGAACAGACUGUUGAUUUUGCACUAAAAGCAAUAAAAGAAAGAGAAACAGAAGAUGUUGACGUAAAGACAGAGGAGCCAGAAGGAAAACUGGAGCUUAACGUUAUAGACAACACAGACAAACAUGACACAGCAGAAGUUAGCAGAAGUGAAAUGACAAAUGACGUUAAAGUAGGCAAGUUGCCUAAAGCAAAGCUUCGCACGAAGCUGCAGAAACCUCCGCUGCUUCCUAAACCUCGAAGUGUUCCCAAAAGAGAAAUAACCUUACCACUCAGCUUCAGCCCUGGGACCUUUUCUUCCUCAAAUAUGGAGGAUGAGGAGAUACUAAAUGUCACAGACUCCUACGACCCAAGUCGAGUGGAGCGGGUGUAACUUGUAGGUCUGCUUUUACCACUGUGGAAAUCUUUCAUCAAAUAUUCCCCCUCAGACCCCCAUCAUUUUCACGAUUAUUCGAUUAUCCGGCUGUGAAACUUCCAGUAUUGUUACAUAUCACCCUUCACAAAUCUGACUUUUCUGGUGCUGCGGAAACAUUUUUACAGCUAAAUAAAACGGUGAUGCCAAUUUUUUUCUCAUUCACUGCCCCUCUGAGGACAAGUGGUUGAGAAUAUACAUACAGUAGAAGGAUGGAGGGACACUUCUCCAAGCCUUUUCAGUCUGUUCCCGUCAAAGAUUUCUUUGCUACACCAAGUAAAUUGCCUUUCUUUGAAAUAGUAUUGUUUUUGCUUUCCUUGCGGUGCAUGUCAUUAUUUCCUUCUUCGCUCAGCCUUUUGGCUUGGUGUUGAAUUCUGAAUGUAAAAGUGCUUCUGCUCUUCAAAACAAAAGAAAUGUAACAAGUUCAUUUAAAACAAAGGCAACAGUAUUGCAUUACAAUCAGUAUUAACCUUCACCAAAUGUAAAUAUAGAAAGAAGUAUAAAAUUUUAUCCAGAUGAUAAAAAUCAAUUUAAGAAAUGUAUAUUUUCUUAUAUAUGUUCAGAAAAUCAUAGAUUUUUUUUUUAUGUGGUAUUUGAGUGAUACACUAAUAAUGGAACCCUAUGUUCUUUAUUCUUAUACCUGUAUGAUAGCGAAUGUACUCAGAGUGUCUGGGUUGCAAUGAGAAACACUGUGGUCUUUGAAAAGCUUCACUCAAAAGCAAUAUAAUUACUGUAUUUUUGUUGUUGUUGUUUUUGGGGGAUCAACAGUCUUUCAGGUUGUAUUUGAAGUUGUAUGUCUCCAUUUUAAGGAGGAGAUCCCAUUUAAAUUUAAACCUUAAAGCUUUACGUUUUGGCACGUGUGUGAUUUUGCAAUCGUAAGAGAUUAUUGGAACUCGUUAACAUGACAACCAGUAAUCUCUUCAAAUAAAUUAAUAUUUCAUUUGGAGUGCGAUUUGUGCAACAUUUCACUUCACUUUCCACAUUAGCAAAUGCCACAAACUGUAUAUCGGAAGUGUCUACUUUGUCAACUAGUACUGGAAAAAAAACCUCAUUAAAAAUAUAUAUGUAUUUUUGGGCAGUAACAGAGGUCUAUAUUUAACUGCCGGUGGUAGGCUAGAUGUGUGAAAAGUGCUUUUAUGCUGGGGAUUAUAAAUAUCAUGUAGCUAUGUUGAAUGAAAGGUGUGCCUUGUCCACACUGUUUCUCUUGGUUAACUUGUGUGUAAAACAUCAAACAUGAUCAGUUACCAUAGAUAAAUUGUUGGCAAUAACAGUACAGGUAGUCCCCGGGUUACGAACGAGGGCCCUUCCUAAACUGGCGACGUAACGAUUUUCCGUGUAAAUUGGGAAUUUACCCUUGAAAUACCCCGAAAUACCAACGAAAUUUCAAAAUAACCAUCCAAAAACAUCUACAGGUAGUCCCCAGGUUAUGAACGAGUUCCGUUCCUACGUGGGAGAGAGAACCCGAAUUUCCACGUUGUUAUGGUCCUCGAAUGCGGAAAGCAAGAUUUGACCCCUAAGCAGACAACAAAGGAGGCAAUCAAAACAUUUAAUAAAUACAAACAAAAAAAAAAAAGUGAAAAAGUGGGAUAAUGAAAAAGGGACCGUGACAACAGGUCGACGGGGAUCACAAAACUAGACUUUAUUAUGUACUGACGGGGCGCGGGGCCGAUUCAUAGGGGGCCUAUCUCUGUCAAAACUGACCGAGUGGAAACACAGACAAAGAGCUUUUUCCAUUGAAAAUUCUUGUGAAUAAAUGCUUAAACCCCUGAAUUCUUUAUAGAUAUGGACGUGAAAAAGUCUCGAUUCUUGGUUAAAAGCAAAAAAAAAAAAUCAUGCAGGUAGCAUUUAUUUUACGUAAAUAUUGCGAAUUAUGAGGCUAGUCAGUCAGGAAAUUAGUGGCCGUCAAAUGUAAACAAAGAGCUUUUUCCGUUGAAAAUUCUUGUGAAUAAAAGCUUAAAUCCCUGAAUUCUUUAUAGAUAUGGAGGUAAAACAGUCGUGAUUCUUGGUUAAAAGCAAAAACACCAUGCAGGUAGCAUUUAUUUUACGUAAAUAUUGCAAACUAUGAGGUUAGUCAGUAAGGAAAUAAGUGACUGCCAAAUGUAAACAAAGAGCUUUUUCUGUUGAAUAUUCUUGUGAAUAAAUGCUAAAAUCCCUGAAUUCUUUAUAGAUAUGGACACAAAAAAGUCUCAAUUCUUGGUUAAAACUAGGGCUGUCCCAAACGACUAAUUUUCUCCCGAUUAGUCAGCCGACUAUUUUUACGAUUAGUCGACUAAUCUAAUAAUUAUUUUUAUUAUUAUGUUUUUUUUUUAAACUAAUUUAGCAAUGACAUUUUUGCUGACGCUUAUUAAUUCACAAAAAAACAUAUUGGAACACUUAAAUUAUUUAUUAAAGUAAAAAUAAACACGUAAAUAAAAAUAAAAAAAAAACAAUGAGUUCAAAUGCUGAUAGAAUUAAAUAGUGUAGCAUCCCGAUUGGAAAAAUGGUCUCUUAAACUGAUGGUUUACAACUUUUUUUCCAUCCUUGAUGUAAACACACUGUAAGAGCUACGGUGCACACAAAUAAAACAACACAAUUAAAAAUUAACAAAAACUUUUUCCUUUGAAACCUUAUUUAUAUAUCAAUGAAUUGCCUAUAUGAAUUGCCUUUACCUUAAAUUAUUACCUUAUCAUUGACAAUCUUUCCCUUGAGUGCAAUCACUGUAUAUACUGUAUAUAUUUAUGACCUUUUAACCUUAUAUACAGUGGGGAGAACACGUAUUUGAUACACUGCCAAUGGGAAAACCCAUUGGCAGUGUAUCAAAUACGUGUUCCCCCCACUGUAAUUUUCUAUACCAUAAAAUAAACCGUAACAUGAAAUAAACCUUUCAAUUAGCAUUAAGAACAAUACUAAUAGCACUUACAGGCCCAUCAUCAAUGAAACAUCAUUAUUUAGUAAGGCGACAGCACCCUCUGGUGUACAAAAAAUGAAAAAAACAAAAAAAAAAUUACAAACUGGGUGACGGCGAUUGAGGUGUUUAUUCACGGCCGACGUGCAGCCAAGCUUGGCAUUGAAGAGACAGGACACAAGAGUGUACCCUCCUUUGUUUCUUUGAAAUAAGCCAAUGUUUUGGACACUCUGGUGCGCUUUUUUGGCUUUGUGCCGCUUUCCCUGCUUGCAUACAGAGCAUCCGACAUUCUGAACUUUCCACGCAUAUAUUUUUUUAACCCUUCAUUAACCGUCGACGGGAUGUUGAGCUCGUUGACUGAUUUACGUCAUCGAUGACGUCGACUAUGUCGACGAGUCGGGACAGCUCUAGUUAAAACAAACAAACAAACAAAAGAAAUACGUGCAUGUAGCAUUUAUUUUAUGUAAAUAUUCGAAGUAUAAUGCAAAUGCUGUGGCGCCUAAUAUCUACCAUUGUUUUUUUUCACGUUUCCAAAUGCAUGCAUGGUACAAAAAAUAUUAUAAUUACCUUGAAUCCUCGAACAAAUCACUCCUGAGACAAUCCUUUUUGUAUGCAGUACAGCUUUCGUACUUUUUCAGCCUAAAUCCGGCGUUAGAUCGCUAGGUGUGACCAACUGCGAAUAAAUGAAGCGGAGUGAUGGUCGUAAUGUCUAGAAUCGUUUCUACAAGUUCCAUAGCAGCAGUGUUAUAUCUGCAUGUUCUUUUUUGAAAGAUUGCCUGCAGAAAACAAACACUACUAGCAUUGGUUGUAUGCGAAUGCACUCCUAUGUUGACCCCCUUCCGCUUUACAAAGGUGACAUCACGCAGCCUUGUGGUCUAAAAAUAGCAUUUGUGCGAUAAGCUACUGAAAACGCACAAAGGUGUUACAUACAAGUGUUGCUUCUAAGGAUGCUUCACAACAACAAAUGUGUGCACAGGCUUGCAGCUGUAAUCUUUCCCCUCUCUUUCUCUCACUCUGUUGUGUGACUUCUUUGUGGGAGCAAAUGGGCUCUUCCUGGUGUGUGUGUGUCUGCACUCUUCUUUGUGUGCGCGAAUAUAUUCUUCUUGUGUACAUGCGCUCUUACAAGCAUGUGGAAGUACUACCUGCGCCAAAAUAAAAGCAUCCAUCACAAAUUAAAAGUAAACAUUAUUCAAAAAAAAAAAAAAAAAAAAAAAAAAACGACUGGAGACAAAAUGGCGGACAAGAUUCCGGCGUAGUAAAGUCGAAAUCACAUUAACUUGGGUACGUCGUAAUCUGGGGACUACCUGUCAUUUUUAAAUUUACAAUACACAGUGUUUUGAAUGAUUAUUCCAAAAUUAGGAGCAAAUGUUUCAAGAAGGAAUAGUAAUUUUAACAUUACAGUAAAUUUAAAAUAGCCACUUUUUUUCGUUUUCAAAUUCUCUUUACUUUUCAUUGUCUUUUUUUUUGUGUGUUUCACCAUAAUACUCCUUUGUAUGUUUUUGAACGUGAUGUACAGAACAUUGUAAACAUGUUCAACCGUUUAAUGAUUACUACGUAUUUAACAGGUUUUAAUCUUUUGAGAUAGCAAUACCUUAAAUUUGGGAAUAUACCAAACCAAACUUUAUGCUAUGCAUUUGACAUUAACAUUUACUAGGUUUAAAACCAAAAUCCAAACUUACUACUUCUACAUUUUAUGUUUGGCCUAUGCCACCUUGUUUGUUUUUUGUGCUUUUGCCAGGGAAAUUAAUUUUGUCCUAAGAUGUUUUUGGUCUGGUUUGGAAAGUGGUGUUGACUGGGGUAAAUCCAUGAUUUUUCUUUAUUCUGUUUUUGGCUCAGUAUCUGUCCUAAUUCCAGUUCAUUCUCGUUAGUCUUUUGUACUGCAAGUUAUUUGUAACAUAUAGAAUGACUGGUGCACAUCUUGCUUUGAUAUUUUAUAUUUUCAUACAGACAAUAUAUGUAUAACUUCUUUUUUUUUUUAAUGUGCGGCAUCUUUAGUUUUUUUUUUUUUUUUUUUUUGUGCGUGUGAGUGUGUGUGCAUGAAAUGCGUAACAAGUCACAGAGAAGUGUAUUUGCAUAUACUGUUCUUUCAUUUGGUACUAUGGUAGUAUAUCGAAUAAACAACUGUUAUAUUUCCAAUAAUGCAUAUUUUAUUUUCAGAAGGUAUUCUACAUAUUUAAAGCAGAAUAUGGUAUUUUUAGAUUGUGAAAAGGGAACUAAUUAUAAAAGGCACAAUGUUUGUCUACAUUGAUAUAGAUCAUUUAGAAUGAUCAUAAAUAGAGACAAGUGUGUGCUGUUGUACAGUAUUACAGACUAUUCAUAAAUAAAAGUAUUUGCAUGAAAAAACAAAAACGUGUGUUUCUCCAGAGUGGAUGUAAACCAAUCAGCACAUGCAUUAAGACGACACUACUAUAAGACAGAGCAAUUUGCUGAGUUGACAUGAUCAUCCAGCAGAUGGUGCUACAGUACUUCGAGAGAACCUUACUGAAAUCCGGAAUCCCUUCUAUGUCAUUGUAUAUUAUUAUCUAUUACUCAAUACUACAUUUAGUAUAAGUAAGCGUCAAAAUCAAUAUUUUCAGAUGCUUGUAUUUGUUUCAUUUUACUCAACCCGUUUGAAUGUCAUUUGUGUUUUACAUUUAUUGCAAGGAGAAUGAGCUCUAUUUGUGAUACAUGGCAGUAUUUUGUUUAAUCAAUUUAGUAUGGUUUUUGCUAAAAUUACAAUUAUUAAGACUAAUUUUAAAUUAUUAUGAUCGAGCUAUUAAAUCGUUCUAGACAAGUCGCUGCACAUUUUAGUGUAUUAAUGUGGAUAUUUAGCGCCCCCUUGUGCUUGAUAAGAUGAAUCACCUUUUAUAGUGUUAUCGGUGAAGUCUGCAUUGGUUCAUUCAUUAUAACUGAUCAGGAUUCACAACAAUGUUAGUGUCUGUCAAAUAAUAUGCCAAUAAUAUUCUUUUGAUGUAGCUUUUGUGUUUUUAUUAUUAUUAUUAUUAUUAUUUUUAACAACCAUCCUUUCAUUUGAUAGACAUGAGCAUUUCAACCUUGUUCAGACUGGCAGUCAAAAUCUAAUUUUUAACCCAUCCAUAUUAAUGAAGCUCUUUUUGUGUCGAGCAUGCACAAAUGAAACAAAAAUACAGUAUAGUUCAGAAGAAUUAUUUUCACUGGAAAGGCAGUAGGAAUAAGAAAAAAUAAAUAAAUCCCACCCCUAAAUUCAUCGUCCAGCAUUCUUAUUUUGUGGGAUACUCCAGUCCUUUGACUUUAAGUCAACAUAGAGAGACAGAAAACAAAACAAAACAAAAAAAUAACAAGAAAGCAAACAAAAACAACUAAACCAGUAGACAACCAACUAGACCAAACAAAUUCUUAGUUGGCUCAUUUAUAAUAAUUUUCAUUAUAUACACUAGCCGUAUUGGCCCGGAUAUAAGACGGCCCUGAUUAUAAGACGACCCCCUCUUUUUCAAGACUCAAGUUUGAAAAAAGACUUUUUGAACACCAAAUUAAUUUUUAUACAGAAAAUAAUUACAGUACAUCCAAAACAAAUGGUUAUAACAAUAUAUUUGAGACAAAAAGCAUGUUAUUUUGCCUCAUUCAAAUCUUAAUAUCUGAACAUUUAAAUAUGUAAAAUAAAAUGCAUUCACAUUUGUAAAUGAAUGGCUUCUGGUUUUUGAAAUGUAAUUAAACCAAUCCAUUGUGAUAAAACAACAAAAUUGCAAUAACUGCAUUAACCAUCAAAGUGAAGUCUAACUGUAACUGUAGUCUUGAUCUUAAUAUCUGAACAUUUAAAUAUGUAAAAUAAAGUGCAAUCACAUUCGUAAAUGAAUGGCUUCUGGUUUUUGAAAUGUAAAUAAACCAAUCUAUUGUGAUAAAACAACAAAAUUGCAAUUACUGCAUUAACCAUCAAAGUGACGUCUCACUGUAUCUGUAGUCUUGAAACAAAUCUGAAUAAGGAAAAACAUUGCAAUAAAAUAAUGCAAACUGGUUAAACUAAAAAGAGUAGCUGAGAUCUGUCAUGACAGAACAUCGCUUCAAGGAUAUCUGGCGCCAUCUAGCAUCGUGAAUGGGUAUAAUGUCUAGACCGCAAAUAUAAGACGACCCCCUCUUUUUCAGUGUUAUUUCAAUGCAAAAAACACUGUCUUAUAUUCGGGCCAAUACGGUAAUUGUACAAAAACAGCAACACACAUUGUCAAUAACUGUCAUUACAGUGUGACCAGACCAUGUUUUUAUACAGCUUAUUUUUUUGGGAUAUUUUCACAAUGCUUGAAGUGAUUGUCUAAAUCAGUGCUCCCCAACCACCGGGCUGCAGGGUAAUAAAUAAUUUAUUAACGACCGCAAUCUGGCCUGUGGCUCUUGACACAUCAAUAUCCCUGUCUACUCUAUAGACUAAUCUGAGUAGAGAUUUGCAUAGGUGGCCUUCUAGUGGUUAGUCGCAAUUAAUAGGGUGUUUGCACACCUAUAGCAUUCCAGCGCCAGUCAAUGUAAACAGUAACUUUAGCUGCUUUUGACUCUGUGCUGCGGGCAGCGAUGUCUUUGGACAGCAUUUCUAUGGGGAAAAGGCCACCUGCUGAGCCAGAAGAGGAACCUACAACCAAAUCCAUCCUGCAUAAUAUGUGGCUAAAAGCCAGCAAACGAGGCAACAAAGCGAAUGCACUGAGAGCAUUAUACCUCAUGGCGAACCAUAUUGCUAAAGCUAAGAAACCUUUCACGACUGGAGAAGAACUCUUUAUGCUUGCGGGAUAUUUGCCGACAAGUUUUUGGAGAGGCGGCUGUUAAAAAAUCUGGGUAACAUAAAAUCUCCAAAACCUCGCAAGACUAUGCGUACUCUCCCAAAUCUUAACUCAUUCACUCCCAGUCAUUUUCACCGGAGCAAGGCUCUUCGCUCCCGGCCGUUUUACUGGAUUUUGACUGAUUUUGCAAGGCCCACAGAAAAUUCUGUUCUAUUGCUAUAGGAACCCACCAAAAGAAAGAUUAGACUCUCUUCUUUUAGCAGGAAAAAAAGUAAGUUCAUAUCUUUUUCCAUUCUUUAGAAAUCAGCAUUAGAAAAUUGCUUAAUUAGAGCAAUUUUUCAAUUUCUGAUGAAAAAAACUGAGAAAUUGAGCUUUUUGUGAAAGCAUACAUUUCAAACAUAACUUUGACUUUAACGGAGCUAUUUUUUGCUUUAGUUACAUCCCAAACAUCUGAAUAAUGUUUUCCUUUUACAAAAUAACAUAAACAACAAGACAAAUAGAGCUUUUGAUCGCAAAGUAACAAUUUAUUUACACAUAACUAACUGAGAGAUGACGCUGUUGUCACCACGAUAGCCCGGUUAACUUUUUCACUCAUCGCCGCCUGUCUCAUAAAGAUGGAUUUUUUUUUAGUCUCUGCGGGGUCUGCUAGGCGUGCAGCACGGACUCAACAACUCGUCCGCUGCCCUGGUGGUCCAGGUUGUUCUGCUCGGUCGUCCAGCACCUAACAUUCCCGGCGUCCUCUCGGUUGUUCUGCUCAGUCGUCCGCUACCAGGCAUCCUUCCGCCGGUUCCCCGGCCGUGUGGCCCGGCCGUUCAUUGCCGUUGAAUCGGGUUGCGGGUCUUACCAAAUGCGCUACUGCCCUCCAGUGUCCAGUUUUAUUGCUUUGAAAUGGAUUUUCAGCUUUGUGCUUUGGAGCUCAGUUUAAUCAGAACCCAGAGAUGUCUCUUAUGAAAAAAAAUAAAAAAGACGAAUAAAUACAUCUUUGAGACACUGAAACAAUUAAAAAUAGAACGUAUUUAUAUGUUUUUGGGAGCAAAUGAGUUAAAAUGGUUUUGUAUAUUACAUUGCUGUAGUUUAUUAUAUGUUUUAAAUAACCUUUGAGAUGCAUUACAUAUUGAAACAAGAUGGCUCUUUAGCCCAUCCAGAUUGAAAAAAAUGGCAUAGUCACAAAAUCAGAUUUUUGCAAGACGGACUGAAACCACAUACGGGAGGUAGUUUCAUAUCCGACAACGGAUAUGGACAACAAUCAUGGGAAUUGAUUGUCCGUGACGUCAUUCUUCGCGACAGAAAACUCCAAGAGGGCCAGUCGAAAUGCAUGGUGCAACCCUAUGUGAAUAUCGAUAGGAUGUGAAUGGCACAGUACAUGCACCAGUCAAACGCGCAUGCGCAGUUUUUACGCAGGCAACUAAUUUGAGUCGUGCAUGUGUAAAGUAACAAAGUUUUGAACCGGAAGCAUAAGCGAAAUUGUGUUGAAAUGCUAUUAAAUUGUGCCUACAUGUAUGAGAUUAACAACACGUUUUUGAAGAAUAUAUAUACAGUGUGGAAAAUAAUAGACAGGUGUUCAAAUGUUUUUUUGCAGCAGUAUAAUACGAAUAAAUUGUUUUAAUUAAUUGUUAUUAAUUUAUUUUUUUCCUUUUAGCCGUUAGGCAGAACGGCCUUCUUUCACCUGCGCAACAUAGCCAAAAUUAGAAAUAUUUCAUCUAAAAGCAAUGCAGAAAAAUUAAUUCACACGUUCGUUACAUCGAGAUUGGAUUACUGUAACUCCCUACUUGCAGCUUGUCCUAAAAGUUCUCUAAAAGGUCUUCAGCUAGUCCAAAACGCAGCAGCAAGACUUAACAGGCACCAAUAGAGGAGAGCACAUCACCCCUGUGCUCCAGGCCCUUCACUGGCUUCCAGUCGAGUUUAGAAUUAAAUUUAAAAUCCUCCUUCUUACAUUUGAGACCAUUAAUGAGUUGGGGCCAUCUUAUAUCAUCGAUGCUCUGGUUCCAUACCGCCCCAACAGAACACUCCGCUCUCAGAAUGCAGGUCUACUGGUAGUUCCCAGGGUUUCUAAAAGUACUGUCGGAGCUAGAGCCUUUAGCCACCAAGCUCCUGUUUUAUGGAAUCAGCUUCCAGCUAAUAUUAAAGAAGCCGAGACAGUCUGCACAUUUAAGAUUAGAUUAAAAACGUUCCUAUUCGACAAAGCUUAUGGUCAGGCUAGUUGAUGUCGGAGUAGACUCACAGUUUAGUCUAAGCUGCACUAGAAGCUAUAAUGCUGGGGGAAGUACAGCCACUGAGUUCUAUCUCCUUUUUCUCACUCUACCUACCACUUGUCUUACUUUAUUUCUAUUUUCCAAUGUUAAUAUCUAGUUGUCUAGUCUCUUCAUCACUAGUCACCCGGUGUCCCCUUUCCACCAUCCCCUCUGGGGAGGGGCUAUUUUUCAGCUGCAGCCUGCUGACUGUCCGGACCCCUGGCUGGAUGGACGUCCUCGUUGCUACCCCCGUCUCAUCUGGCUAGAUGGACCGCUUCUUGUUCCUUUACU